AUGAAACUUACAGGGAAGUACUCCAAGUGCGACGCUCAGAUUUUCUCAAAAUUUUGCGCACACUUCGGGUAUGGACUAAAUAUCAAUUCCUGAAAGUUUUAGCUCGCGCUUUGCAGGCGCCGCCGAGAUAUUGAACGAUUUAUGCCGCCGAGAGAGUACACUAAGCGUGGAGAGCGGUGAGAGAGAAAAACACUUUUUGGCCAUAACUUUGAGAGCUUUGUGCGGUAAAAAUUGAUUUUUUGUGAAAAUAUUACCCUCUAUGAUAGAAACAGGCAUGAAAUGUUAGUUGUACUGUAGAGGCGUCCCACUUUUGGUUUAACCGUAAACUCCUAUCAAAAUACCCUCAAAUUUUUGAAAAUUUAUAUCCUUCCAUUUCCAGAUGUACGUCCAGACAACCAAACUUGGCGAUGUGUGUGUGGUCUUUGCCGCAUUAAUCGUAUUACUCUUCUUCAGUGUUGUGAUUUGGCUGCGAAUAAAGCAGCACAAAGCCCAGCGAAUUCAAGCCAUCUCGGUUCAACGGCCGAAACGAGCGUUCCAAUGGAAUGAUGACCGGGAUACACUUCCCAUCGUUCAAUUACCAUGA